GAGGCGGGGCUGCUCCUUUCCGUUGUGAGGGAAAUGGCGGCCGCACCAGGGCCUCCGGAGAUCCCGAGCGCCGCUUCCCGGUCUAUCCGAGCCCAGAACAUCGUCCCCCGGCUGCAACAUGGUCGCUACACGGGGCACGGGCCCACCAGGGUCUCACAGAUUCCAAAUUCUUUGCUGAGGGAGAGGGACAAAACUGCGAAAUGGAAUGGGAUCCCACAUCUGGUGCAGAAAUUAUAUACGAACAGCCAACCCAACAACGAUGGGCUGUUGCUGUGCCAUGGUAUUUUAAAGGAAAUCGCUCCACUUCUCUCAAUGGAGGCAAUGGCGUUUGUGACAGAGGAUGGGAAAGGUGCCCAGGAGUCCAAAUUUCCCAAUACGCAUGUUUUUGAUCUGUUCGGUGGAGUAGAUCUUUUAGUUGAAAUCCUUAUGCGGCCAACACUUGCACCACAGAAAAAGAAGCAGAAGAUGAGUGAAGACUUGAUAAAGGAUUGUCUAAGCAUAUUAUACAACACGUGUAUCUGUGUAAGUACGGAUGGAGUGACUAAGCGCCUCUCGGAACGGAAUGACUUUGUGCUGUUCCUCUUCACACUUAUGACAAAUAAAAAGACCUUUUUGCAAACUGCUACACUUAUAGAAGAUAUCCUGGGAGUGAAAAAGGAGAUGAUUCAAUUGGAAGAUAUCCCAAACCUUGCAAACCUGGUUGCCAGUUUUGACCAGCAGCAACUUGCUAAUUUCUGUCGAAUUUUGUCAGUCACGAUAUCUGAGCUAGACACGGGAAAUGAUGACAAACACACACUACUUGCCAAAAAUGCACAACAGAAGAAGUCUGCAGGCCCUUCUCGAGCUGAAAUCAACCAAGUCACCCUUUUGAAUAUUCCUGGAUUCAUUGAGCGAUUGUGUAAAUUGGCAACACGGAAGGUCUCUGAGACAACAGGCACUUCAAACUUCUUACAGGAGCUAGAGGAGUGGUACGCGUGGCUGGACAACGCACUGGUUCUUGACGCAUUAAUGCACAUGGCCACCGAGGAAGCCGACCAAAGCAGUAGUACAGAGUCUGCAGAUGAGAGUGUGCUGGCUGCCAAUCAACUGAGGAGUCGGCUCCCACAGUCCAUGAAGAUCAUGCAUGAAAUCAUGUACAAAGUGGAAGUGCUGUAUGUGUUGUGUGUUCUGCUAAUGGGAAGGCAACGGAACCAGGUUCACAAGAUGUUGGCAGAAUUUCGACUUAUCCCUGGACUCAAUAAUCUGUUUGACAAACUGAUAUGGAGGAAACAUUCUACUAAUCAUGUGCUGCAUGGACAGAACCAAAUCUGUGACUGCAGUCCAGAGAUUUCUCUGAAAAUCCAAUUCCUGAGGUUACUUCAGAGCUUCAGUGAUCACCAUGAGAAUAGGUAUCUUUUAUUGAACAGCCAGGAACUGAAUGAACUUAGUGCAAUCUCACUCAAAGCUAACAUUCCUGAGGUAGAUGCAGUUGUCAACACUGACAGAUCCCUGAUUUGUGAUGGGAAGAAAGGACUUCUGACUAGGUUAUUACAGGUGAUGAAGAAAGAACCUGCUGAAUCCUCUUUCAGAUUCUGGCAAGCAAGAGCAGUGGAGAGUUUUCUACGAGGAGUGACUUCCUAUGCUGACCAGAUGUUUCUUUUGAAACGUGGCCUACUGGAGCACAUUCUUUUCUGCAUUAUCGACAGCGAGUGUAAAUCAAGGGAUGUGUUGCAGAGUUAUUUUGACCUUUUGGGUGAAUUGAUGAAAUUCAACAUUGAUGCCUUCAAGAGGUUUAAUAAGUACGUAAACACAGAAGAGAAGUUUCAGAUAUUUUUGAACCAGAUCAACAGCUCUUUAGUGGAUUCCAACAUGCUGGUCCGCUGCAUUGUGUUGUCAUUGGACAGAUUUGAGAGCCAAACAGAUGCUGUAAAAGUUGCAGAAGUGAUUUCCCAGUGCUGCCUACUGUCCUACAUCUCCCGUGUGGAAAACCGACUCUCAUUUCUUUUCCGGCUAAUUAAUAUUAUUCAAGUACAGACUCUCACACAGGAAAAUGUUAGCUGCCUGAACACUAGCCUGGUGAUCUUGAUGCUGGCAAGACGUAAGGGCAAGCUGCCAUUCUACCUGAAUGCUCUACGAGAGAAGGAGCUUUGUGAGAAGUAUCCGGGCUUCCUCCUCAACAAUUUUCACAGUCUGCUGCGCUUCUGGCAAGAGCAUUACCUCAACAAAGAUAAGGACAGCACAUGCCUGGAGAAUAGCUCCUGCAUUAGCUUCAGUUACUGGAAAGAGACAGUAUCACUGCUCCUAUGUCCUGACCGGACAGCUCCUUGUGCAAUCAUUAGCUACAUUGAUGAAGUGUACAUGAACAUUGAUAAAGACUUCAGUGAAGAUUGAUGUGCAGCUUGUGGACAAUUGGACUGAUGCUUCAUACAGCUUUGGAGUAAGCCCAAGAGCAUGGAUAUUCAGGCCUUAUUGUCUGAUGUUUGUUCGCACCUGGACUGGAAGUUGGAAGAGCUGGUUGGUGAUUGGUGCAGCUGUUUUUAUUAUAACCAUGAAUUGAUGCCUUUUGUCUUUUAAACAUCCUUAAGGGUUGUCUGAACCUGUAUGUUACUGGGGGAGGAAGAAAGAUUUUCCAUCACUGGGUGCCAGAGUUAAAGCUGCCUGAGAACCAGCACUGCCUUUGGUUAAAUGAACUGUGGAGCACUUCUACGAUCUCUGAUUUUUUUAUAAAUGUCCCAUUCUAAUUCAGUAUUUUAAAUAUUUACUUCUAAGUGUGCCAUUUGGCAUCUUCCCAUCUACAAUUCUUGGUUAUGUGAAGAUGCUAGUGGCUAACAGCAACCUUCAGUGUAAUCACAAUGUCAAUGUAUAUUGAGAGGUUAAAGUCAUUUUAUUUCAUUCACAAGAUCGUUUUAUUUUAAAUACUUGUUGAAACUCGUUUGCUGUCAUCGGUUUCGAUAAGCUGUUACUCUUCUGGAAUCUGCUUUCAAGCAUCAAACUUAAAAGUUAUCUAACGUACAGCUUAUUAAGUAGUUUGUAAUAUAUACUGUGUACUAAGUGCUCCGAGUUUGACUUAUACAACUCACUGAAUAUUCCUUUAAGUUUUUGUAGAGCAAAUCUGGAAAGGUUUCAUUUUGUAAAGAGUUCGAAUGCAUGGUUAUUCAUUGGGCUUUUUCCCUCUUCAUCUGUUUAUUUUAGUUACCUCUCUUGCCUGUUUCCUCCCUGAAGAUGGUGGCUGCUUACUGGGUGCUGGUCACCCUUGAGUGCCUCACCCAAGCUUGGUACUUUACAGUGAGUGUCUGCAGAUUGUAGGACCGGGGCAGGGCACCUGAAAGUUGAGCCAAGUUCUGUUCCUGAACAUUUAUAAACAUUGAUUAGGGCCUGUAACCUGGGUCAAUCUUUCUCUCUACCCUGUGGUGUUCUGAGGCCAUGCUGGCUAUGAUCAGCUACUGGUGGGGAGGGGGGGUCUUUCUGGUCUUUGUGGCUCAGCAGUAAACUCUGAGCCAUUAGGAGAACAUCUGUUGGCUUUGUCAUUGAAGGGCUGAUUUGUAGUGUGUAAAACCAUCAGACUUCACUAGAGUGGGCUGUAUAUAUGUGUAAAAUGAUUUAAUGUACCUGAGUUAGUGCAGUUUAUAAUUCUUGUGGAGAAAUGGUGGAAGUUUUUAAAAAAAAAUCUGUGUGACAUCAAAUGACAAAAAUCUGCAUUACUAUUUCAGUCAAGUGUAUAGAGUAUGAAAUGUUUAUGCCAUGUCCACAUGCACUGUGGAAAACCAGUACAGAUUUCAUCUCCCCAAAUGUCUGUAACUGGGGAGAGUAUUAUGACCUAUGAAUAUGAGGGUGAAGUACUGUUGAUUGCAGGUCUAUCAAUGGUGAUGGAGGUGUUUGCGUUGAUAAAUAAAGACCAUUAUUAACAAGAGAUGGAUGCAAAUGUUAGUGUAUUGGAUUAAGUCUGAUUCUCCCAAUAGUGCAUUCCUACCAUUGCAUCAAGUAAAUCUGAUGGUGGAACUGUAGUUGCAUCUUAAUCUCCAGGUGUUAUCUCAUUCCUGGGUCAAAGCUACAAAAUAAUUCUUUCCUAUCCUCAAACUUCGUAGUGUUAAUCCAGGUGUGGUCCAUCAGUGAGAACAGUUUACCUGUGUGUAGCUGGCUUGUAGCUGCUCUCCCAUUGUGCAGCUGAUCUGCUUAACAUAUUUUAAUAUUUUUACACAUUUUUGGGAUCCCAAACCAAUACUCCCUAUAUUCCUGAACUUUUGCUGAAUUGAUGUGUACAUUAUUUGGGUCUAAACUGAUGAGCUGGUUGUCAACUUGUUACAAGCUUUUGAAGCUGGGAAAACAUUUUAUUGGGGUUAUUUUUGCUUAGCGUUAGAGUUCCUUCAUUGGCCAUGAUUGACACUUCUUCCGGGAGAUUGGGGAGGACAGAGGAGUAGGUUUAUUAUAAUUGAAGUCUGUUAUACAGAACACCGUCACAGUAGGCUAUGCUGACUUUUUCUUGGACAUCUUUGUCUCCUUUAGGUUCACCACCCUCCCCGCCUCCCCAACCAAAGUGACCUGGCUGAGAAUGUGUUGUCUGUCUCUCCUAUUUAGUGUUUCCUUAAUAUCUUACUGUAUCAAUCUGACUGAUACCUAGAGUUUGUGGGAGAAGGUGCUAAUUAAAACUGUGAUAUCAAUGCCUCUAGUCACUGCUGCACUUCCCUCCUGUCCCUUCUGAAUGUUGUUGUUGUAUUCUUAGUUCCACAGUCUCUCAUCACCUCCAGUGCCUCACUUGAAUGACCACUAUUGUGUGAGCCUUGACUGCAUCUGUGAGCCAUGUGAAUGUCACAGCCUCCACAAAAGUGCACUUACACUCUGAAUCUUGCAGACUUGUGAAUCAGGAAUAGGACUUGAGCUGUGUUGCUCAACUGCUUCCUGGCUGCACUAUGUGAGAGCUCCCAGAUGCGUUUUUAUAAUCCACCCAUCUGGAUAUAAGGAUUACUGUGUUCUGCAAGGGUCAUGGCUAGUUUUUGCCCCUGGGCUUGACAACUCAUAUGGGUUUAGCUCUGAAUCAAAACUUUGAUGGUGCCCCGGACCAGCUAAUGGCCAUUGGCCACAGAGAGGUUGGAUCAGUGUCAGUUUGUAGGCAAGUAGCUAACUACUAAAUUUGAACUUUAUAAUACUGUAGCAAAAGCUCGGAUUCUGUGGUUUUUGGAUGCCAAUGUCAGAAGCAGAUUCACAUCUGUAGCCACAGAAAGACCACUCUGUUCCCCUACCUAUCAAAGCUCAUAUUACUAUUGCUCUUCCAGUCAUCUUUGUGGUCCCUGUGUAGCUGAGCCAAUCGUGGUAUGAUGGACUUGACUAAAUGCAUCUUUCUGAUGCUCUUUCAUUGCUGAAAUCCUUUUCAAGGUUAUAUGUUGCAGUACAUUCCUGCCCGCCAAAACAAGUUUGCUAAUUGUUAGACCUAUUAUGUGAACAGAAUAUCUGAUUUUAGGCUUCAACCCAAUAAUUCCUCUGCUCUAUACUAUGAGUUCCCACAGGAGGUUUAAACCUGAUGAUGCUGUAAAGCAUGGGUAUAUGCUUCAUUGAAAAGACUUUGCAUUUUCUGCAAUAAUUGAGAUAAAUGAUUUUCUCAAUCAUUCUUAUUUAUUCCAUUGUUUAUUUCUUAGAGUUCUUGUUGAACCCAAAGCUUUCAGAUGACAAUCUGCUUUAUGGACUUACAUGCAGUUUAUUUCAUCCAUUUUGGGGGAUAAAAAAUUCCCAUUCAGGAGAGAGUGUAUAGGACCAGAAGUAGGCCAUUCAGCCUCUUGUUCCUCAUCCAUUAUUCUGUUAAAUGGUGGAUGACCUGUAUUAACUCCAUUUUAUCUACAUUUGCUCCAUAAUCCCGUGAUAUUCUUGCCUCUAAAAGAUAAAAACUACUAAUCUAAAUUUUUAAAAUUUUAAUUCACCCCAAGCAUCACUACCUUCCGGGCCGCUCUGUGUAAUGUUACCUGUACCAGUUUGUGUUUGCUGUUCCUUGAAAAACGAAGGACUGUUGGAGAUCUAAGUUGGCAGCCUUACAUCUCAGUAUAUUAAUGUUGUAACGCUCCAUCGAUAAUAAUGCAUCAGUAAGAAGCUUUGCAAGUGUGUCAGAACUUUAGACUAACACUGUACUACCUCUGCCUUUGACUGCUUAAGGAAUAGAACAGGCCUAAGAGGUUGGACUCAACCUCUGCAGAUCAGUGGAAACAAUGGUGGGUUACGAUAAAGCACUGAGAGACCAGGAGUUGCCGUUGGAUUACAAUGCGCUCAGAGAUAAGAGCAUCAGUGAGCUACAUGAUCCACCAGACCAUGCAAUUAUACCAAAAUUGCUUCAUUGGCUAAGACUAUCAUCAAACUGGAUAUAAAAGGCUCCUCUAGGUAAUUUAGUAACUAUAGCUAGUCCAGUUCACUCCAUCCAAUCUGUGGCCACUUUCUUGAGGUCUUGACUAAGCACUAGUCCAAAGUAUACGGAACACAUAUGCAUAGAAAUUCAGUAACUAGCAGAGUAUGCUGCAUAGAUUGCCCUUAAUGGGCCAGGUCAGGCAAAUCCCAACCUGUUCUAGGAUUUUAUCUACAAAAGGGAUCAUACUGAGAUGGGGAACUACUGGCAAGCUUCACCUUGGUUCUUCAGCUUGUUACAGCGUGUACACUACCCGUGCAGUCAUUGGAAAAGAGCAGGCUGUAUUUUGUUCAAAUGAGGAAUGGGUAGGGCAGGUUUUGUAGAGGAUGUGUACGAGUGGUGUGAGGCUCAGGAAAUGCCUUGCACUAUAUCUAUUCAUUUAAUUUUAGGAUUAGUGCCUUAUGCGGUCCUCCUGGAUAAAACUGGGAGCACGUGAUUAAAUUCCAGAUUUUAUUUGAGACUCUACUUCAGUUCCGAGUAAAGACUCACUGAGCCUUAUUCAAAAGGUAUGAGACAAAGCUGUCACUGUCCCUGCCAUAUUCUGUUCUUGUGAUUUGUACAAUGGCAUCAAAUGGGAUGUUCUUGCAAUGAGGCAUUUCUGAAAGAAUUAUAAUGCUUCUUGCAAAUGCUGUGUUGCUGAGAUACAAUGUGCUCUGAACAAUAGGCUAACCUAGGAUUGAGUAUGUGGGUGUUCCCAAGUACGUUAUGGUUUGUAUAGCUCAAGGUACCAGAAGAAUCUAUCCAGUCGUUGCUUCACAGGAGAAAGGGUUGCAGGGAUUGAAGGAUCUGGCCUGUAGUAAUCUGCCACAAAUACCUGUGGUCAGUUCGGCUCUGAGAUGACAUGCCUGGUAAUGAAGGGUUGGAAAUGUCAACCCUAUGCAGACAAUACUGCAGUACUCCAGGACAGAGUUGCAAUGAUUUUAGCCAGUUAAAGAACGAACAGCAGUUUUUCAUAGACAUGAGCCUCUCCAAGUAAUAGCUUUUGCAACCUGUGCCUAUACUUCCUGGGCCUGAGUAAGUGAGGUGUACUGCAGAUCAGUUGAGCAAUGCAGUCAUUUGGUUUCUACACUUAAGCGGAGCUGCAGUCACCUUUAGAAGUAAAAUAAGUGAUUCUGGAGCUUGAUGGAACUCCCCUAAUUUGAAGGAAUAUUUUAGAAUCAUAAAGUUUAUAGCACAGAAAGAGGCCACUUGGCCGAUCCUGUCUGUGCUGGCUACAAAAUGAGCCACCCAGCCUAAUCCCACUUCCUGGUAUUUGGUCCUUAAUCCUGCAGAUUACAGCACUUGAGGUGCGUAUCCAGACAUCAUUUAAAUGAGCUGAGGGUUUCUGCCUCUACCACCCUUUCAGGCAGUGCUGUUUUAAUCACAUCAGAAUUGGAUGCACUCUUGGUGAAACCCUGGUUACCCUCUGUGUUGUGUAAAAUUCUUCCUUUCCCAAAACUCUGAUUGCGCCACUAUUUUCCCAUUGUGAUUAUCGAGCACUUUGGUGCUUGCCUGUAAUGCAAAAUGGCCAGUGGCAGCUUAUAAGGCCGAUGCUUUCUUGCUUCAGUGCUUAUAGCAGAAAGGUUUUGUGAGUGUCUAUCAUUGAGCUCAGGCCUCUACCUGAGAUGAUCCAGCACUUUGCAUCUGAGGCAGUGAAGCCUUUUCAACACUUUAUAAGGUUACCCUGAUCUCUCAUCUGAAAGUUCAGUUUCAAUUAAUUUCUUUUAAAAGGUGUAAAUGGAUCUAGACUGAGAUCAAUGUAACUUAAAACUGGGAAGGAGCAAGUGCAAUAGUAAAAUUGAAAGAGCUUGAGUACUGCUGAAUCAUUCUAUAUAUUGAAUACCUGCCAGUUAGGCCAGUAAGUAAGCUGAGAGAAUGAGCAACUGUUUGGAAAGGUUGGAGGGAGAGUGGUGCUGGGCCAUAUCAUGAGGUGCUUCACUUCCCUUCCUCUUAUUUCUGACUGAAUAUGAAAGCAGAGUUGCACAGAGAGCUGUGGCGGAUCAUUCAAUGCACUUGUGUUUGUAUAAUCUUUUUGCAAAAGAGAAUUCUGUUGGAGCUAAAGCUAGCCUUUUGCACCACUUGACAAUCUUUAGCAACAAGCUUCACAAAUUUCCUUUAGCUUAAGAAUUGAUGAUGCAAUAAGGUUCUCUGUCUUUCAGGGGGAGUAUUUUAGGUGGUAAUGUGGAUUUGACAUGAGUCCUUCCAUCUCAGGUUAAUGGAAUAUCUGCAGCCACCUUACUGUGACGUUGUGUUCAUAGUUUUCUCAUCUUCAUUUGGCCACAAAUUCCUACUUUAAAAUCCUCCUGUCCCUAUAUUUCUAGUUAGCUUCUCGAGUCUGUGCCACCAUUCAUGGCUGAACUGUAUUUUGACCCAUCCACUCGCUUGGUUCCAUAUCCUUUCAUGCUUUUGUCUAGCAAAAAUCUAUCAGCCUCAGAUGUAAAAUUAUUAAUUGAGCUAGUAUCUACUGGAUUUUGUGAGUGUGUGUAUCACACUUCUGCCACCCUUUUGCAUGAAGAUUGUUUCCUAACUCCUUUCCUGAAUGGCCUCCCUCUGACUUUAUCAAAUCCUCAAAUCUCCCAGCUUGCGGAAAAAUUUUCUUCCUGCCCUAUUGUUUCAAAAUCCUAAAUCAUCCCUUAACCAUUUAUACUUUGAUCACCCUUCAACUAAACCACGGAAAAUACUGAUUUGGAAUGUGAUUGAUUUUAGCUUUCAAUAGCUUCCCAUCCUAGCAUUGGCCUUUGGUAUUCCAUUUUGUUUAAAUUCGGUCUUCAUAAAUUGCAGCAAGGAAAUCAACAACCUAGGCAACAAAGUUCCCUGUUAAACAACAUGGAGGUGGAGAGUCAGAAGCUGAUCAUUUUCCAAUCUGAUGCCACGAAACAAAGUUCUGAAUAUUUGAUCGUGCAUGUGUUUGUAUGAAACACUUUCGGCCGAUUUGGAAACGGAUCUAUUUUGACCUACAAAGCUGCUCAUGAAAUUUACCGCCCUUUGAAAUUUCACAUCCUUUCCAGAGAACCUGGAGCAUUGACCUGGAUCCAGGAUAUACUGAUUAUUUAGUUGCUGCCUGCUCCCAUAAUAUUUCUCUGCUCCCCAGUUAAAAUAUAUAUAUAUAUUGUUUUUAUCAUUGUUUAUUUAAUCUUAUUGUACAUGACAAUAAAAAUGCUUCUGAUUACCUUA